AUGACAAUUAAAAAUGAAAAAUAAAUAAAAAAAUUUCUCAUGUUUCAUCUUACUAUAACUAUUGACUGGUAGAAGCUGAGCUUGCGCAUCAAAUGUAGAAGUAAUUGCAUAGAGAGAAAGAAACAUGGAGGAAAUUAGGCUCAUCUCUACUAGUGUAGUCCAAUCUUCAAGUCACCACUGUGAAAGGAUUGAGUUGACUCCAUGGGAUCUCCAAGGUCUCUUAGUUGGCCCUAUCCAAAAGGGUCUUCUCUUCCUCAAACCCACACCAUCACAACAACAACAACUACUAGCAAACACCAUAGUUGAUCAUCUCAAGAUCUCAUUCUCUCGCACACUCGACUUCUUCCCUCUCCUCUCUGGCCGGCUUGGCAUCAUCAAAAACAACGACAACACCUCAUCUUUCUUCGUAGAUUGUAACAAUGCCGGAGCUCAUUUCAUUCAUACAGUUGCUGACAAUAUCACUAUCAAUGAUAUCCUUGAUCCCAUGUACGUGCCGCAUAUUGUCAACUCUUUCUUCCCACUAAAUGGUGUCCUUAACCACGAAGGCGUUUCCAAACCCUUGAUUGCGGUUCAAGUAACUGAGCUCAUCGAUGGCUUCUUCAUCGGUUGUACAAUGAAUCACGUAAUCGGUGAUGGUACGUCUUUCUGGCAAUUCUUUAAUUCUUGGUCAGAAAUAUCGCGUGGUUCUGACAACAUAUCGCGACCUCCAUUUCUCAACCGUUGGUUUCCAAGUGGUGAUAUCAAUUGCCCUAUUCGAAUGCCUUUUUGCUCCGAUGAACUAGACAAUGAAUUCAUUGUACCAACCACAGUAGAACAAAGGGUUUUUCAUUUCACGAAAGAGAAAAUUGCAAAACUUAAAGCCAAAGCCAAUGCGGAGAUGAGCACCACCACUAUCUCCUCUCUCCAAGCACUGUUGGCUCAUCUUUGGCGAUUUGUCGUACGUUGCCAAAUUAUCAAUGACACGAACCAAGAGGUGGGAUACAAGAUAGUUAUAGGUGCAAGGCAAAGAUUGAAACCCUCACUACCAGAAGGGUAUUUUGGGAAUGCAAUUCAUGUUGAGAUUGUAAACACUACCGUGGGCGAGCUGCUCGAGAAUGGAUUAGGUUGGGCUGCUUUGCAAAUAAACAAGGCAGUUGCUUUGCAAACAAAUGAGGUAGUCAGGAACUUCUUAAACUGCUGGGUGAAAAACCCUAAACUAGUGACAAUGAGAGAUUCGGCGAGUGCUACUUUGUACACGAGUAGUUCGCCUCGGUUCAAUGUAUAUGGUAAUGAUUUAGGUUGGGGAAAACCGGUGGCAGUGAGAAGCGGAUUAUCAAACAAGGGCGAUGGGAAGGUAACGCUUUUUCCUGGGGUGGAUGAAGGGAGCAUCGACAUUGAAGUUUGCCUGUUACCCGAGAAGUUUCUUGCUAUGGAGGAUGAUAAAGAGUUCAUGUAGUCUAUUAGCAUCUGAUCAGAUGUUCGAGUAAAAAUUCAAUAAAACAAUGAUUUUUUUUUUAUGCA